GGCUAGUUCCAACUUCGGACACCUUUUUUUAGGGGGUUUUUAAAAAAUAUAUUUUAAUUCCUCGGUGAAGCGCACUGAAAUCAGCUGAGGGGUCCUGAGAUGACGGAAGUAGAGCCGGUGUUGGACUUUGCCUCCUCUGGGCGUUCGGGGAGGAGAAACGCCCUGCCUGACAUCCUGGGUUCUCCAGCGGGUGUAAACCCGGGCGACCUGCCUCUCAAGCUGGCUGAACUGUCCCUCAAAGAUGGUCCGGGAGGUGCCCAGUCACCCACGGCGGAGGAGCCUCCAGCACCACCGGAGAGCUCAGAGGGGAAAGAGGGAUCAUAGGGACUCGUUUAUUUACCUCCCCGGAGACCUGCAGAGAUAACCUGAGAGAGGGAAUGAGGAACGAGAUAGAGGGCGACCUGCGGGAGAAAGAGUGAUUAUCUGUGGAGAGUCAGUCUGUUUGCGAAAAGCAGCUGAACCACGGAGAGGGACAGUGACGGACCGACUCCCGAAGGACUGGAGCCAGGAGCUUAGGACUUGUUGGCACUAUCUGAAUUGAGUCAGACGUCACUUAGUUAUGAACCAAUGAGUGUGUCUUUGUGUGUGUGUAUAGGUGAGUUAUACGCUCACCGCGGACACUACACCGAGAAUCAAAAAGGACCAUGACAGAUUGUAUACUUUACUAUUUUUGUAUGAUUUAUUUAAAAGGAAAUAGGAAAAAACGGGAACUCGUGAGUCAAACUGUAAUAUGUACCAUUUCCCUGCAUUUCCUGCUGACUUCUGUUUUUAUAGUGAUGUGUGUUAUUUUACAUUGACACUGGUAGGAGGGAGUUUAAUCGCAGCCUGUGGCGGCUGGAAGCUUUUUAACCCAGCUAGAUGCAAAACGGCACGUGACAUAAGAAAACAUUAGGUUUAAGACGGUGUUUGUGUUGCUCACGUGUGCUUUUACACUAAACGUGUAUGAUCUACUGUAUGUUUUCAAAUCUGAGGCUGUUGUACAGUAUACCUACAUUGUUGAUGUACAGUUUUAACCCCCUCAUCACCAGACUGUUUGGAUCCUAGCAACAACAACAACAACAACAACCAGGGAUUUGAUCCAUUUUUUUUAAGGCUUCCAUAUGGUGCAAUGUCCAUAUCUUGAGACAUUCCUUUAGAGAAUAGUGUCCCACUGCCAGCAGUGUACACACUGCUUUAUUAUAUAACACUGAGAAAAGUUUUUGUUGCUCAAAGCUGCUUUUAAAAAGUCUCUUUAUUCCCCCAAACCUUUGAAAAUGUGCCUAGUGGCAGUUCACAACCGAAAACCUGUGUUGUGUUCUUUCUCUGUGACGUACUGUUAUCAAAUAUUUUGGGCUACUGAUAUUUCCUCAGUUUUAAUAGGAGGUAUCAUAAGACCUAUUUACUGCUUGAACUCUAAAUGACAGAGAGAGAAAAAAAAAACACUUUUGUAACAUCCUGCAUCUAGCAGAUCACUACACUCUGUCAGGAGUUUUUUUUUUUUUUUUUCUUGCGUAGAUCUUCAGCAGGGCUUUUUCUCGCACGCGCUUCUCAUAGCGACAGCUCAGCAGCAUAUGCCCGCGGACUGGGCACGGGAACAAGCAUCAAGCAA